AAAAACAUGAUAGAAGGAGAAAAUCACACCAUUUGGACCUAUUUUAUUUUGGAGGGAUUUUCUAAGUAUCCAAAAUUAGAGAUGGUUCUUUUUGCAUUCAGUCUUGUAAUGUACCUGAUUAUACUGCUUGGGAAUAGCACUCUUAUUGUAAUCAGCAUCCUGGAUUUUCACCUUCACACCCCCAUGUAUUUCUUCCUAGGGAACCUUUCCUUCAUGGACAUCUGUUAUACAUCCUCCUCCAUUCCAACUUUACUGGUUAACUUGUUGGCCACAGAAAAAACGAUCAUCUUCUCGGGGUGUGUUCUGCAAAUGUAUCUCUCUCUUGCCAUGGGGUCCACAGAGUGUGUCCUCUUGGCUGUGAUGGCAUAUGACCGGUAUGUGGCCAUCUGUAACCCUUUGCGGUACUCUAUUGUCAUGAAUCAAAGGAUCUGUGUGCAAAUGGCAGCUGGAUCGUGGAUAACUGGUUGCCUCACAGCUCUCCUAGAAACAAGUUCUGCUCUACGAGUGCCUCUUUGUGGGAAUGUGAUUGAUCAUUUCACUUGUGAAAUUCUUGCCAUGCUGAAAUUGGCCUGUAGCAGUUCCUUGUUCAUGGACAUGAUUAUGCUAGUGGUUGGUGUGCUUCUCCUUCCCAUUCCCAUGCUCUUAAUUUGUAUUUCCUAUUUUUUCAUUCUUUCUUCCAUUUGGAGAAUUAACUCAGCUGAGGGAAGAAACAAAGCUUUUUCUACUUGUGGAGCCCACUUGACAGUGGUGAUUUUGUUCUAUGGGGCUGCCCUGUCCAUGUAUCUCAAGCCCCCAACAACAAGUUCUCAAGAAACAGACAAAGUCAUUUUCUUAAUUUAUGGGGUGCUAACGCCCAUGCUAAAUCCCAUCAUCUACAGUCUGAGGAACAAGGAAGUCAAAGAGGCUGCAAAAAAACUAUUUAAGAGAAAUUCUCCUUUGUCACAAAUAUAA